CGACUGGCGAAUCACAGCCAGUGUACACUCGCGUGCGAGACGGAGGAGUUGCGUCAGUCGGUUCGCAUUUUUCUUUUUAAUAAGAUUCACCGAGCAUAGAGGAGAGACGAGACACGCGAACGUAGACGAAUAGUUGGAUUUACGGCUCGAUCGUAUCGACUUGUCGUCGAGUGUAGCAAGUUUACGACUUGUCGCGGUCUGAGAAACACGGAUGGUGUGCGCUGUGUUCAUCUAGCUUGAAGACGCGUGGAUCGGAAGCGAACUUUCGAGGCUCGGUACACUAGAUAGCAGGCAAAAUGAUUGUCGCCAACAUGAUAGUCGUCUCUAUGCACCUAUUGCACUUUGUUCUCCGCCCUCUGGUCUAUCUUGUUCGCAUCAGGAGACGGCCGAGCAUACCAUCGAUCAGGAAUCCUCUGUUAAGAGUCAGCGCGACCACGUUAGCCAGGAGGAUCAGAAACGGAGAACUUACUAGUCAGACCGUAGUGGAAGCAUAUAUAGGGCGUAUUAAGGAAGUGAAUCCUUUCUUAAAUGCCGUGGUGGAGGAACGAUUCGAGGCGGCUGUAAACGACGCGAAAAUUUGCGACGAAAAUCUGAAGUCUGGAAACGUUGCUGCCGCUACUCUGGAAAUUGAGAAACCGCUUUACGGAGUGCCAAUAACUGUCAAGGAAUCCUGUUCCCUCGAAGGAUUGAGUUUGACGGGUGGCACCAAGGCGCGAAGAGGAAUGAAAGCUGCGGAAGAUGGGGCAGUGGUAGAAAUGCUAAAGAGCGCGGGAGCUAUUCCUCUAUGCGUUACCAACACGCCCGAAUUGUGUACGGGGCUUCAUUCUACGAAUUUCCUUCAUGGCUCGUCGAGAAAUCCAUACGAUACGAGGAAAUCGCCAGGAGGAUCUUCGGGCGGAGAGGGUGCGUUGAUUGGCGCAGGAGCGUCGAUACUCGGGGUCGGUUCGGACAUAUUGGGAUCCAUAAGACUGCCAAGUCUCUUCAAUGGUAUUUUUGGUCACAAACCUACACCAGGCGUUAUUCCUAAUCAUGGACAUUUCAUAGACCCCAUAAAUACGUCGUUGGAAUAUUUGUUUUCGUUCGGUCCGAUGGCGAGGUACGCGGAAGACCUUCAUUUGGCUAUGAAAGUGUUGUCCGCCAAGUGUGGGAGACCCUUAAACUUGGACGAGCCGGUGGACUUGAAAAAUCUUCGAGUGUUUUACGUGAAGAACAUCAAAAGUUUCUGUGGCAUUAGAUCAACCACGUCGGAUAUAAGACGAUCGAUCAAAGAAGCGAUACAAUACAUGGCUGUGAAAGGUGCAAGCAUUCACCGGUUAUCGCAAGAAUGGGUAGAGAAUUCGCUCAUGUACGUGCUAUCUAAUUUCCAAGACGGUAAUAUACCAGACAUACUGGUGGACUGUCACCACCCUGACAGAAGGAAGAAACGAGUGGCCGAGUGCUCGAAAGCAUUCUUUGGCCUUUCGAACUUCACGCUUCACGCCAGCAUUUUCGCAUUAUUGGCGGAGUAUCGUGGAUUCCUGCCCCGUUCGAAAGCGAAACAUUACGAGGAAGUGAAGGAGAACAUGCGUCAAAGAAUCAACAAGUUGCUCGGCGACGACGGAAUAUUUAUAUGCCCCACGUAUCCUCACACGUCGCUUCGGCCAGAAUUAGCUACUUUCGAAAUAGAUGCGGUUAAUUAUUGCACGAUUUCCAAUGUGUUGAAGUUACCGUCGACCCAUGUUCCAAUGGGACUGAACAAGGACGGAAUGCCUAUUGGAUUUCAGGUGAUGGCUGGAUACAAUCAGGACCGUCUCUGCUUAGCAGUGGCCAGGGAGUUGGAAAAGGCCUUUGGUGGGUGGGUGCCUCCUGCCAGCUGAUUAUCUAUUUCCUGGGCUCUAAUUCUUCGGUUAGAUCUUUACCAAUACAGUACAUGUAUUAUAUCGACUGUUGAUCAUCAUGGUUAUUCUAUUGAAAACUGCUGUCUUUUUAAAGUAAGGUAACCUUUCACGUACCUUUAAAAACUGAUAACUAUUAUCAUUCUUUGAACGUAUCUUAAAACAGUAAUUUAAAACAAUUGGGUAAUUGCAAAAUGCUUGAUAGAUUUCUAAAGUAGAUGCUGCAUUCUUUAUUAUAACGAGGCUAUGUAUUAGA